UGCACUGCAUCAGUGUGCUGCCUGUCUCUCUACCUGAGAGCGAACUCUGAACCUCAGUGUCUCUGUGUCUUCAUCUCUUCUUCCUCAGUCCUCUGUAGAGCUUCCUCCUCUCUGUCCCAUCAUGAGUCUCCGGUUCGUCCUCUUCGUCCUUGCCCUCCACCUCUGCUCUGAUCUCCUCUCCGAGGCUCGGAUAACCAAACGUCUGGCCAUCGGCUGUCCAGAGAGGUGUGACAAGUCUCAGUGCCCGCCGAUCCCCGCGGACUGCCUGGCCGGUGACGUGCUGGACCAAUGUGACUGCUGCCCGGUGUGCGCCUCCGGAGAGGGGGAGCAGUGCGGAGGGACCGGGGACCGGGAGUGCGCAGAGGGGAUGGAGUGCGUGCUGACCGAUGGGGUCGAAGCGUCCGCCACGGUCAGGAGGAGGUCGAAGCCCGGCGUCUGCGUGUGCACGGGCUCCGAGCCGGUGUGUGGCAGCGACGGGGUCUCCUACCGGAACAUCUGCGAGCUGAAGAGGGUCAGCAACCGGGCGAUGAAGCUGCAGCAACCCCCAGUGAUCUUCAUCCAGAGAGGAGCCUGUGGUAAAGGUCAGCAGAACCCCGACAGUCUCCGAUACAAGUACAACUUCAUCGCUGACGUGGUGGAGAAGAUUGCACCUGCUGUGGUUCAUAUUGAACUGUACCGCAAGAUGGUCUUUACAAAGCGUGAAGUGGCUGUCGCCAGUGGCUCCGGGUUUGUCGUGUCAGAAGACGGACUCAUCGUCACAAACGCCCAUGUGGUGGCCAACAAACACAGAGUAAAGGUGGAGCUGAAGAGCGGUGCCACAUUCGACGCCAAAAUCAAAGACGUGGACGAGAAGGCCGACAUUGCUCUGAUCAAGAUCGAUACACCGAUGAAGCUUCCCGUGCUGCUGCUCGGCCGGUCAGCCGACCUUCGUCCCGGCGAGUUUGUGGUCGCCAUAGGCAGCCCGUUCUCUCUGCAGAACACCGUCACCACCGGCAUCGUCAGCACCACCCAGAGAGGAGGGAAGGAACUCGGCCUCCGUAACUCAGACAUGGACUACAUCCAGACCGACGCCAUUAUCAACUACGGCAACUCUGGAGGGCCACUAGUCAAUCUGGACGGAGAGGUGAUCGGAAUCAACACUCUGAAAGUCACAGCAGGAAUCUCCUUUGCCAUCCCGUCAGACAAGAUCAGACAGUUCCUGGCAGAGUCGCAUGACAGACAGGCCAAAGGUAAAACGUUUCAGAAGAAAAAAUAUAUCGGCGUCAGGAUGAUGAGUCUCACUCCAACGCUGGCUAAGGACCUGAAGGAGAGACAGUCAGACUUCCCAGAUGUCACCUCAGGGGCGUAUGUCAUUGAGGUCAUCAGCCGGACUCCCGCUGAGGCAGCUGGCCUGCGGGAAAGCGACGUCAUCAUCAGCAUCAACGGAGAGCGAGUCACCUCCGCCAGCGACGUCAGCGCCGCCAUAAAGCGGGACGAUCAGCUGCGAACAGUGGUGAGGCGAGGAAAUGAGGACGUCAUCCUCACGAUCGUCCCGGAGGAGAUCGAGCCUUGACCUCUGACCUUCACGAGCAGCAGUCGACCCGACCAGUCAACCAAUCCCGAGCUGGCUCUCAGUGUUUUUCAGUCAAUCAUGAACACUUUGAAAAACCAAGCAACCAAUAGGGUUGUGUUUGUGUCUGGGGCAACGUUGAAGAACUUGUAAUUAUUAGCUUGUCUAGCCUCCAUCUUCACGGUCGGACUCUUCUACCCCGAGAACUGGCGCCCCCCCCCCCGUUGUCGUAGUAGUUCUAGUCUUUCCCUAAUUUACUUCACUUCAUCCCAGAUCUUUUUAUUCUACUAACACCCUCUGUCACUACAAAAUGGUCACUCUAGGCUGCCGUAGCUCUGUUUCUUUGUGUGUUCUUGAUGGAAUAUUUUUAUAGAAUUUUGUCUUUAUGUGUUGGAUGACGUUUUUCAAAAAAGGGAAUAAAAUUAUUUG